AUGAGGAGGCUCCGUGCCCAAUACCACCUCCUGCCCGACCAGGACAAGGAGCUGCCCACGGGAUGCAGGGAGCCAGUCAGAGAGAGACAACCAGGCUGGGAGGGAGCCCCAGCAGUAGCCCCGGCCCUGAAAGAGCAGUGCAGGCUGAUGCUGAGCAUGCCAAGCAGUGUCCUGCGGGACGGGCAGAUCCAGGAGCUGGGCCCCCACCUGCCCCCUCGGCUGACGCAGCAGCCCUGGCACCUGCUGUACUGCACCGGCCAGGACGGCUUCAGCCUGCGCAGCCUGUACCAGCGCGGGGUGUUCAGGUGGACUGGAAAGAACAGCUUUUUCCUGAAAGGGGAUGUGGACCUGCUGAUGAUCGGUGGGGGCAGUGGGCGGUUUGGGCUGUGGCUGGAUGGAGACCUGAACCAUGGGGGCAGCCACCCCUGUGAGACCUUCGACAACGAGACCCUCUCAUCCCGGGAAGAGUUCUGUGUCCAGGACCUGGAAGUGUGGGGCCUGGCCUGACCCCUCCACCCACACCUGGGACAAAGGUGGCAUCAGGGGAGGU